GGGUUGGUUUUGUUAUGUUGGCAAGUCAUAAGGAAGUAGAUGGUGAUUAAAAAAAAACUCUCAGUAGAAGAUGGAAGUCUUUCUGUAUAAUUCUACUGUUUGUAGAUUAUGUGGGGAAGAAAAUGAUAAUGGAACAUUGUUAUAUUCUAGUGAAGAAAAUAGCCAAAACUUAAGUGAAAUCAUUAAUACCUAUUUACCGAUCAAGGUAUCAGAUGACGGUGAAUUACCACGGACCAUAUGUCCAGGAUGUACUAUUCAGAUAGAAGCCACUGUAGAAUUUAUAACCUUGAUAAUAAAUGGACAGAAAAUAAUAAGAGAGCUGCAUCAGCGGGAAAGGGAAUAUAAGAAGACAUUGUUCAACAAUGCAGUGGCAAGUGAGCCUGAGAUUAUCACCGAGAAGAUUGUUUAUGAGAUUAACACUAGCGAUGGUGUCUACCAAGUGGAGCACCCAAUCGCCCUCCAAGUGGCAGGCUUGGAGAAGCCCAAACGCAAGCGUGGCCGGCCCCCAAAGAAGCCCAAGACUCCUGAUGAGUUGGCGCAGGAGGCCGCUGCCAGGCUGCAGGUUGAGGAGGCCAAGGUUAGCCAGAAGGAGGAGGAGUUGCAGGGGAAACGGAGGAGGAAGACUCCUACAAGAUUCAAAGAAGCUGUGCAGGGCAAAGAGCUAGACAGGAUAUUCAAAGAGGAGGGAGUGACCGACGGCGACGAUAGUGAUACCGAAGCUAAGCCCGAAGCGGACAAGCCUCCCGUGUCCAAGGAGCCCGAGGUCAUAGGGCAUAUGGAGGCCUCUGGAGAACUCGUGGUCGUUGUUAAGGGCAAAGGCCGGGGGAGGCCGAAAGGUCGCAUGCGUCCGACGCGCGAGCAGUGCGCCAUCUGCGGCAUGGAGUUCUCUUGCGUCGGCCGCUACAUGUCGCACGUGGCCGCGCACGGGCCCGUGCAGUACCGCUGCGGCUGCGGACAGACCUUCCCCACCAGACUCAUGUUCACCACGCACCAGAGGAACGCCGCACACGAGGGACAGACUGUCAUUCCAUGCGACACGCAGGUGAGACGCAUCUGCGGGCAGGCCUUCCCCACCAGACCCAUGUUCACCACGCACCAGAGGAACGCCGCACACGAGGGACAGACUGUCAUUCCAUGCGACACGCAGAACCGAGAGAACCCCCAAACGUCUUUGAUAAAGACGGAGCAGCCGCCAGAGUCGUCCGAAGAACUGCCCUCAGUAGAAAAGCUCGUCAGCAAUGUGCAGGAUACCACGCUACCGGCCGCCGUGCCGGACGCCGACACGACGGAGACCGUCGACACAACACCGGACGAGAAACCGGAAGUGGCACCAGAAGCAACUCCGCCAGAGACUGAGGUGGAAACGGUAACGAUCGUGCUCGGUCCGUCCGGCAAGCCCAAACUCAAGUGUCCGCAGUGCGACAAGAUGUUCAGCAACAAGCAGAGCCGCUCGCUACACAUUAAGGCGGUGCACGAAGGCGCGAAACCGUACGUGUGCGUAGAGUGCGGAGCAUCGUUCGCGUAUCCUCGCUCGCUCGCCCUACACGCUCAUUCGCACCGGAGAGCUCAGCACACUAAAGGCUUCGCCUGCGAUCUCUGUGGGAAGGUGCUGAACCAUCCAUCAUCCGUGGUAUACCACAAGGAAGCCGAGCACACAGGCCAGCGCUAUGUGUGCGGCAAAUGCGGCAAACUGUUCAAACACAAGCAGUUGUUACAGCGGCACCAGCUCGUGCACUCCCAGGCGCGGCCUUACAGCUGCAAGAUCUGUAGCACAUCGUUCAAGACGAAGGCGAACCUUCUGAACCACGCGCUGCUUCACUCCGGCGUGAAGCGUUUCGCGUGCGAGCUGUGCAAGCACCGAUUCGCGCACAAGACCAGUCUCACGCUACACAUGAGGUGGCAUUCUGGCCUAAAACCAUACACCUGCAAAACAUGCGGCAAGAGCUUCAGUCAAAAAGGCAACCUCUCCGAGCACGAGCGUAUCCACACGGGCGAGAAACCAUACCAGUGCGCUCAAUGCCCGCGGCGGUUCACCACGUCCUCGCAGCACCGGCUGCACGCGCGCCGCCACCAGGCCGACACCGAGCGACCGCACGUCUGCAACCACUGCGGGAAGCGGUUCGUCUGCCGCUCGUCGUGGCUGGCGCACAUGCGGCGCGAGACGCGCGCCAUGGGCGGGCUGGCGCGGCACCGCUGCUCGGUGUGCGGGCGCGGGUUCGGGGAGCGCUGGGCGCUGCUGAAGCACCAGCGCCGCCACACCGGCGAGCGCCCCUUCCGCUGCCCGCUGUGCCCCCGCGCCUUCGCCGACUGCUCCAACCUCAACAAGCACAAGAAGCAAGUGCACAAGCAAGUCAGCCUGCUAGUGGACAAGAACCUACCGGUGCCGCCGUUGGUCGCCCCCGCCCCCGCCCCCGCCCUCGCCCCCGCGCCCGCCCCCGCCCCCGCCCCCGUCCCCGCCAGCCCGCAGGACGAGCGCGUUAUAUACGUAGCGUAUGAUGUCGACUCCGGACCCACCGCCUUCCACAUCGUCGAGACCGAUCAGAUGACGACAAUAGAAAACGAGACAGUGCUAAAAGACACCCUAUACUCCGGCUCCUCGCUCCUGCGGCGGCCUGAACUUCCCGAACCAGAACCCGUGGAACAGAUGGAACAGGUGGAACAUGUUCUGGAGGAGAUGGAACCGGUGGUGUUGGAGGAGAGUGAACAUAUGCCGGUGACGGACGAGCAAGGGAACCCGCUGCACUUCACGAUGCAGGACGGCACAAGGCUCGCCAUCACUUCAGCCGACGGGAAGUCUUUGCAGGUUAUCACUCAAGAUGGCCAGACGAUACCAGUGGAAAUCAACGGUUACGCAGACGAAGAGGAAAUAGAAAAUCCGGACACGAUAGUACACCAACUCAACCUGCAGAAAACUGUCGACAACGAUGGGGCUUCCCACGUCGCCCACUACUUCACCAUCGUCUAAACUA